CCACUAGCGCCACUCAGUCAGUUGUCAACCCAAACGACACCCGUAAAAAAUUUUGACGCAGCUCACUUGAGUCUGUAUUUGUGUCUUACAGUGAUAUAUUGUCGAAAGAGUUUUCUAUCGUCCGCCAACUCUCCACCGCAACAGAAAUAAUGUUGUUACGUUGGCGAUAGGAGGGCCUGUGGACAUGCAAACAGGGCGGUGGUUUGUUAUUCGGCAAUUGCAACAAUUGCACUGAUUAAAUUUAACCAUUAAAAUCAUCCACGCAGUAAGAAAAAUAUGGAAGCUGAUUAUCAACCGUCACCAAGUCCAGCGAGAGCUUUGACAGGUAUAUCGAAUGACGUUGAAGAUCCAUAUCCAAGUCUCUCUGAUUAUCACGACUACGAGCCAAAUUUAGAGUUUGACGACACUGAACUACAAGCACCUGCGAAUAAUGCAACACAACUGCUGGAAGAGAAGUUGGAGUUGAGUAUAGCUGGGACAGGGACAGUUGUUGACUACUUGGAGAGUCCAGUGAGCGAUGGUACGAUAGAAGAAAACUUUGAGGAAGCAUUGGUGGACGCCCCCGUGAUAGAGAACGCGGAAGAUUUGGCCGCUCUGGAUGAAGAGCUGGCUGACGAGGAGGACUAUCACGAUAUUGCAAGGCUUGGCAUUGUGGAAGUCGUGGGCGAUGAUAGUGCUGGACGGAAGGUGAUUGUCGUGUCAGCAUGCAAACUCCCUGCUGUGGGAAAGGAGGUCUUCAAUCACGCCAAGCUACUUCGAUAUCUCACACACACAUUGGAUACGUUUGUCGAGCAGGACUACAGUUUAGUUUAUUUUCAUCAUGGUCUGACAUCGAAGAAUAAACCACCAUUGUCAUGGCUGUGGCAGGCGUACAAGGCAUUUGAUAGAAAAUAUAAGAAAAAUCUGAAAGCACUGUAUUUAGUUCAUCCCACUAACUUCAUUAGGAUUGUGUGGCAGAUUUUUAAGCCAGCUAUUAGUGCUAAAUUUGGAAGAAAAAUGAUGUACGUGAAUUACCUCGAUGAAUUGGCUACCCAUAUAAAUUUGGAUCAACUUAUCAUUCCACAACAAGUGCUGGAGCACGAUGAGCAAUUAAUGCUGAAGACAAGAAAAAAUCUAUCAACGAGUCCACCAUCGAGUUCCGUCGCAACGCCAAUUGCUACAACUCAAUUUGGUGCCAGUUUGCAGUUUAUCAAAGAGAACAAUGGGGGCGAUCCUAUUCCACCAAUUGUGAGACAAUGUGUGGAGUUUCUUGAUACACCUGAUGCAUUAGAGACUGAGGGCAUUUUUCGAAGAUCAGCGAAUGUUGCUGUUGUCAAGGAAUUGCAGAAUCAGUGCAAUCAUGGAUUGCCUGUUAAUUUUCGAGGGGAUCCACAUAUUGCUGCUGUACUUUUAAAGACUUUUUUGAGGGAGCUCGACGAACCGCUAAUGACUUAUGAGCUGUAUGAUGAAAUCACACAGUUCCAAUCAUUAUCGAAGGAUGAACGACCACGAAAAGUGAAGAUCCUCGUCCUCGAAAAAUUACCAGAAGAUAAUUACCAACUGCUCAAGUACAUAGUGCAGUUCUUAUCCAGGGUAAUGGACAGAUCUGAUUUAAACAAAAUGACAUCGAGCAAUCUAGCCGUUGUAUUUGGCCCAAAUUUGGUAAGAGCUCCAUCAUCAGUAGGAACAUCCCUAUCAGCAAUAGGACCAAUAAAUCAAUUCAUUGAUUUCCUAUUCGCCUAUCAAGACAAGAUAUUCAUCAUAUAAACAAAAAAUAUCCCCCAUCCCUGAAUUGAGUUUAUCAUUUCGUGGCCUAACUGCGAAGAUCAUUUAAACUGUUAAAAACUCCUGGAGUCAGUAUUUGAUGGCUACAACUCCCCUGAGAAAAUUUAAUACGAGAAAAAAAAAAUAUGUUGACGUUGUUGUCGGAAGUUGUGAUGAUAAUUUUGAAGCAUAGUUCCCUUCAUUUUUAUAACUAAAUAAUACUCUCCAAUGAUGUCCUAAUACUAAUACAGGAACCUAGUCACAACAGAAAGCACAAUUGGAACAAUGUGAAAAAUGAUAAAACAAAGGAGAUGAUUAUUAUCUUUUUUUUUUUAAAAAAAAGGUGUCAAAAUAUUUAUACUGAAUUUUUCUGAUUGUAUACCAAAGAUGAAGAAAACGUCAUACCUUUAAUUGUAGGAAAACAGAAGAAAAUAGCUUACUUUGAAGACACAAAAAGUGGAACAAUGAAAAAAAAAACACAUGAAAGAAGAGAAAGAAUGAAAAAUUUAAUAAUUGAUACUUUUAUUAACGAGAUGCCUUAGAGAAUCGCACUAAUUCUAGUAAUCGAGUGAGUAAAUGAUUUUUUUUUGUAAUAAAAACCAUUCUUCAAGUCCACUAACGACUCAAAAAAAAAGAAAAUAACGAAACUGAAAAAUAAUGGGAAAAACUGUUUAUUCAAACAUUCCGUGACUUUUUCACCGUACGAGAGGUCUCAAACUCGUUGCAACUAAUACCGGCCAUUAAAAAUAAAAUAUAAUGUGUAUAGAAUGGGUUUUUAAAUUACCGGUCAUAUCUUCUUAAUUGAUAAAAAUAUUUGUAAAUAUAAUUGAUUUAAAUGUAUAGAGAAAUGAUAAAAUCUAGAAUUUAGGUAAAAGAAUAAAAAAUUCAAUUGGUAAAUUUUUUCAUGAAAGCCAGCGAUGGGAUUGAACAUUCAGACUGGUUACUAUGUGUUCAAAACUAUUACACAUGCAAAACCAAUUACACUAUUCUAAUUAUUUGUGUUAACAUAUCUGUUCUUAAAGCAAAGAAUCACAUAUUCUCGAACGUUCUUUUUAUUAAUUUAUGUCUCUAAUCGAAGGUUUAAUGCAAUAAUAAAACGAAAAAAAAAAAAUAUGUAUAUUUAUAACUAGUUGGAUAUGUGUAACAUAAUCCAUUAUCAGUGAGUGGGAGUGUCAUCGAUGCCACCAAUCAUUGAAAUAAAAUUUAGACUUCACAAUUCAA